AUACCCUUCCUAUUUCCCACUCAACAUUUCCAACCCACAUUUUGCUACCAAUGCAAUCUCCGAAUCAGAAUCGUUGAAUACAUAUCGAACGGCUCACAUAUUAAGUUUAUGCUUAAACUAUAAUUCAAUUAUCCUAUUGUUUUGAGUUCUCACUGCAACAUUCUCCUUUUUCUCCCUUUAUAAUACUCUAUCUCAAAUCCACCUUACAACAAGGUAGCGAUGGAGAAAACAGUGCUCUUGAAGCUACUCACAAUUUUAGCUCAUUUACUAUGUUUUGUUUCCUUAUCAUCAUCAUCAGCAGCAGCUACAGUCAAACUCAUAAAUGCAUCCAAGCUGAAGAUGUUUGUUGAUGACCUUCCCAAUAUGCCCAAAGUCUAUGGCUACAAGGUUGUAGAUGGCGUUCCCAAAUCAAAGUCUCUCAAGAUUGGCAUGUUCAAGAAGAAAUGGAAAUUCCACAGAGAUCUUCCACCAACAACCGUUUACGCUUACGGAUUAAACAAACACAAAGCAACAAUUCCUGGUCCAACAAUCGAAGCCCUCAACGGAAUCUCCACAGACGUGACGUGGCAAAAUCACCUCCCUCCAAAUCACAUACUCCCAUGGGACCCAACUAUCCCCACUUCAUUGACCAAAACAACCAAUGGUAUUCCCACUGUAGUUCAUCUCCACGGUGGAAUUCAUGAACCCGAAAGCGAUGGUAACCCAAACUCAUUUUUCACCGCUGGAUUCAAAAUCAAGGGACCCACUUGGACAAAAAAGUCAUAUCACUAUCCAAAUAAUCAACACCCUGGAAAUUUAUGGUACCAUGACCAUGCUAUGGGUUUGACCAGAGUCAACCUUCUAGCUGGCUUAAUUGGGACCUACAUCAUUCGUGACCCUUCGAUCGAAUCAACACUAAAAUUACCACACGGUAACGAAUUCGAUUUACCGUUGAUGUUAUUCGAUCGUAGCUUUAAAACGGACGGUUCGAUUUUCAUGAACUCAACUGGUAACAACCCUACGAUUCAUCCACAGUGGCAACCGGAAUAUUUUGGUGACGCAAUCAUUGUAAACGGUAAAGCUUGGCCACGUUUAACUGUACGACGUCGUAAGUAUAGAUUUCGUAUCAUCAAUGCAAGUAACGCUAGAUUUUUCAGGCUCUUUUUCAGUAAUGGUUUAAGAUUUGUACACGUGGCAUCUGAUUCUGCUUAUAUCGGGAAGCCAGUUACGAGUAAUGAAACUCUUGUGGGGCCAUCUGAGAUCACAGAUGUUAUUGUUGAUUUUUCUGAAUCUAAGAGUAACGUUGCUAUUCUACGUAAUGAUGCAGCUUAUCCUUACCCAACCGGUGAUCCAGUUGAUGAAACUAGUGGUAAGGUUAUGAAAUUUGUAAUUUUACCGGAUAAAGAAGUUGACACGUCAAGGAUACCGGAAAAGCUUGUGGAAUAUCCGGUUGUUGAUUUAUCAAGUGUGACGGAAACACGGUAUAUUGCUAUGUAUGAGUACACGAGUGAUAUUGAUGAACCGAUUCACUUGUAUUUCAACGCGAAACCUUACGAAGCACAGGUUACAGAAAUUGCGAAAGUGGGGUCCAGUGAGGUGUGGUAUGUGAUUAAUUUGACUGAUGAUAAUCACCCACUUCAUAUUCAUUUGGGUUUGUUUAAGGUUUUGGAUCAGACCGAGCUAGUGAAAUCUGAUGAAUUUAAGGAUUGUAUGACGAAAAAUAAUGAUGCUGUGAAGUGCCACGUGGAUGAGCAUGCACGUGGGAAGAAAGUUAAGGUGCCUGAUUAUGAGAAAGGGUGGAAGAAUGUGUUUAAGAUGAGACCUGGGUUUGUUACAAAGAUUGUUGUUAGGUUUGCUUACAUACAUACCAAUGCAACGUAUGGGUUUGAUGCAACUAAGGAGUCUGGUUACGUGUAUCAUUGUCAUAUAUUGGACCAUGAAGACAAUGCUAUGAUGAGACCCUUGAAGAUGAUCAAGUGAAGCUUCUCCAAUGAUAAUAUAGGAAAAUGGCAUACAUGAUGUACUUUCUUGUAAACACUCGGAAGCAAAGCUACACAGUUCAUACACCAUUCACAUAAAAAAAUAAUUAAAUACAUGCAUACACAGGAAAAUGUAUCAUAAUUUGUCUAAAAUCGUGGACUUCCUUAAUUCAAUAAAAUAGUAAAAUAAUUGCAUUUGCUUUUGGUCGAA